AUGGUGGAAGAAAACCGACCUGCGCUGAUUGAUUUUUCCCUGAUUCCUGAAGAUGACGGCAAUGACGACAAUCCUGAGCGUGAAGGCAAACUAGUGGGGAACAAGGGCAAAUUGCAGCAGAUACUCAAUUUGACAGACAAAGGGGAGUGGAUGGAGUGGUUGAGGUCAUGCCUGGUGCAACCAUGGUGGAUUGAGUUAUGGACUGAAUGCCUCUCAAAAUGUGUGAGUGGAGAGCGGGGAGUUGGUGUGGGUGAGAUCCAGGCAAAAAUCCUGGCUGGUGAGGGCAACAGAUGGAAUGAAUACAGUGACCCCAUACCUGAGAAGAAGGAAUGGAGCGCCGCCGACCACAUAGCAAGGUUCCAUUUCAUGGUGAAGACCCAAAACCUGGUGUCCAAUGAGGGUGUGUUCUACAGUAAGAACUUUGCUGACUCCUACCUUGACAAGGUUGUCUGGGCCUUGAAGGGUUACCUCACCAAAAUCCAUACGCCAUCACAUAUCAACAAGCCCACCGGUGGGGCCGCUAUUUUUGGUGAAAGGCCCUCCAAGCUCAAGCGCACGGAGUCCGACAAGGCAAAUGCUGGGUCUGAAGAACACAAUGAAAAUGAACUCAAGGAGGCUGAGACCACCCAAGCCACUGAGUCAGAAGAGGCGGUUACAAGUCAACAGGUGGACACAGCCAAUGAAGAUGAGAAUGAUAGUGAUGAUCAUGAUGGAGAGCCACUGCUUCUGGACAGUGAUCUAUGGAAAAAUGAACUCCUGAGCCCACGCAAGCAAAUUGUCCUGAAGAAACAAUCCACAGACUUCAACAGGGAAGAGGCAUAUUGGCAGUUCAUGUUGAUCACUGAAGCUCUUGCAUGUACUCAAAUCAUUGGAUUUACUGAUAACACACCUGCUGCCGUUGAUAAUGAUCCAUCAAGUAUUGCGAACACAGUGUGGGAGCCACUGGUCAUCCUCCCUGGCUCUAAAAAGUCUCAGGUCAGAACAGAGACAUUUGAAAGUUCAUAUUACACCAAUGCCACUGACCUGGAAUCCUCUUAUGCAGGAGAGAUCGACUCUACCAAGGAGCCCAGUGAUGUUAUUAUCCCAACAGAAGAGUCUAUCGCCCGGCUGCAGGACCUUAAGAAAAUCAUCAACAAUAAGGACUACCAGCACGAUGACCAUGAACAAGCAUGUCAUUUCCUAGGAAUUUGGAGCCAUACAGUGCCCCAUCUGUUGUACAUGAACUGUUCAGCCAUUUUAAAGCAUUGGCAGCCGGUUGCCAUUGCUGGAAUUGUGUGGAUGUGGGAAGUGGACUAUCUUCAGGGGGCUGUACUUGGAGACCAUGUGGGCCUGGGUAAGACCUGGGAAGCUGUUGGCGUACUGCUAUAUGUGACUAUUGGCAGAUUAUCGUCAGAAGGUGAAGGAAGCAUCUGA